CGUGCUUUGCAUCGUCUGCCCAGAUACUUCCAGUUGGUAAGUUAUGCUGGAGCUGAAAGGAAAUACAUCAAGCAAACGGUGCUUUCUGGAAUUUUCGUCCCCGAAUUACCAUUCCUCUUUUCUGAUCAGUGAUUCAAUGUACAGAUGAUGUGGUAAAGUUUCUUAAAAUUUGUAGAGUAUGUCAAGCAUGUCGAGGAUUUUGAAUAUAAAUACCACUGCGGCAUUAGUGAUGUUUAUGCUUAUCAUGGUCUCACCGAUACGCUCAAGCACCAACGGGCAUCACAAUCUCUCAGCAAUUGCCCUAAAGCCUGAGAACUUGACCGCAGGUAGGGUCAGUGCUGACGACUUCCUGGCCGAGAAUGACCUUUCCAACGAGUCCCAUCCCAAGACGACAGUUGGGUCUGAGGACGAUGAACAGGCAAGCAAAAACAAUUCCGAUUUAAAAUCGGGAAUAGUAUCGACUUCCUUCAAUCAUGAGGCUUCUACUGAAAUGGGCGCCGACAAUCCAAAUACCAUCUGUCCGAAUAUACGAGGUGCGAGUGUACGAAAAACCGUCGUGAAAUGUCAUUGUCAAGGGAUGGAAGUUUAUGUGAAUGGGAAGUGUCAACCUCAUGAAGGAGUUAUCGUCCCGGUGAAGCAUCAUACGUAUUUUUCAAAACUGGAAAGUAUAAGUAACUUCAAUGUAGCAAUCCAGGACGUUAACUGUGAUCCUGAUCAUUACUUGACAAUGAACUUCACUAAGAAUCAGUUCCAACUGAGAUAUAGGGGUGACAUUGUCCUUCUUGAGGAUGCUGGUAAACUGGAGGAGCAGCGCAUCAACAAGUAUUGUCUCAUUCAUCAUCUGGACAGUCAACAGUACCUGACAUGGACGGUGAAGACUUGUGUACCCAAACCGUAUGUCCCUAGAUGCUGUUCUUAUGGAUACGCCAUGAAAGAUGGUGUAUGUCAGUCUGAUAACACUCCAAGAAUACUCGAACCUCCUAUAAUUGUGAAACCUCAUUCCGAAGAAGCCGUGGAAGGGUUAAAUAUAAGUACCUACACCAAUAAUUUAAUUUGCAAAUCUGAGCCCAUGCAAACAAUUCCUCUUGGUAAUAAUGGUUCGCAUUUGUUAUUAUUAGCCAAUGGUUUGACCCUCAUGUGGAAGCCUAGCGAGCCUCGUAUUCCAGAAAAGGUUCAUGUUUGUCCACAAUAUUGCAUUGAUGGCGUCGAAGACAGUAAUGGAACAGUGGAAUACUUUGUAAGUUUUUGCUACAUGACUAGGAAAGAGGCCCAUGUGAAGGCUUGUGAAAAGAAGCCUUGUAUUCGCAAAUGCUGCAAAGAAGGGAACUCUUAUGAUACUGAGAAAAAAAAAUGUGUUACGGAUUCCAACUCCUCAUUUAAUCUUACGGAUAUAACUAAUUCAUCAUCCUACAAAAUUCUCUUUGGUGAACCACUUUGCGACUAUUUCACAGAGGAAGAAAAAGAAAUCAAAAUAAACAGCGAUGGACAAUUAAUAAUUCUUAAUGAGAGACAAUACCCUUCCACUGACUAUUGCGUGGAUAUCAUCUUCAACAAACCAAAUCAGACACCAAGUGCCUUUGUGUGUGGCAAUCGCCCUGUCACGUGGAAAACAACACGGAUCAACAUAAUCCCGAUUGCUAAACUAAUUUCUUUGGUCUUUCUGUUUUUAUCCAUCGUGUGCCACCUGUUCGUCCCUAAACUUCUGGCUCGUGGUGGUGUACAUCAGCUGUGUCAUAUACUAUCUCUAACCAUCGCUUACAGCACUGCCUUCACUUUGAAUUUCUUUCAUAAACACAUCAUCAACAAUUACAAUCACUGCUUCGGUCUCGCUAUUGGUAUUCAGUAUGGGUUCCUAGCAACGUUCUUUUGGCUAAACGUCAUGUGUUUCGAGGUCUGGAGGAAAAUCAGGAAACUUACGAAGUACCAGCAAUCGAAGACGUACCCUGAAAUUUUCUUCAUGUUGUAUGCCUGGGGAAUACCUUUAUGUAUAUGUGCAGUGACAAUUAUGAUGCAGUUUAUAGAACCUCAUCAGGUCAGGGGGGAGAUCAGGCCAUAUAUAGCCAUAAAAAAAUGUUGGUUUGAAGAAGAUGCUGGUAUUUUUCUCUACUUCUAUGGUCCUAUCGCUCUUCUGUCUUUCUACAACACGGUGCUUCUAAUCCAUACACUGAAGAACAGUAGGGUAAUCCUCCAGAAUUCUGAAGCGGCUUCGAAAGAAUUGCAGAACAUAGGACGAUCAACGAAGGAUGUGUCCGAUCACGUCCAAGAUUUUUACCAGAAGUUGAAGCUUUUUGCCCUGUCGGUGUUCUGCUGGUCUACAGAAUUUUUGUCGUGGAAAAUCCCUCCAUUAGAACUCUGGGCACUCACUGACAUCCUGAACGCUCUUCAAGGUCUCUUCGUAUUCAUAAUUCUGCUGACAAGCCCAAGCAAACGUAGGCUGAUAGAGGAAAGGUUUCCCUUACCGUUCCGAUUUGCAAGAAGAUGCUUAGGUACAAUCUGCAAGGCUAAAAGAGAACCAGCAGUGAAGAACAAGCAGGCCACGCCCUCUGCAGCCGAAUCCUCAAUGUCAGACUCAGCAUCAAACAGGACUGCAUCUUCUGUUCUUGAAUUGUCAUCCUAUUCCUCUGAAAGAAGUAUUUCUGAAUGCUGCGAAUCUUCCGAGCGAGUUUAACACUUUUAGACUUGCUUUGCUUCCUAAAUUGUCAAUUUUACGUGUAGUUACCAGUUCAAAAUGUCUCCCACUGUAGCCUCUUCAGGGUUCAGUGUGUUCAAGACUAUAAACUACAGGUAUUAAAUGUACAAUUAGCUUUGAUAUAUUUCCAGGCAUUUUCCCAUUGCUAAUUCUUGGUGUUUAAUAAAAGGAUAAAGAUCUGCA